CCGGAGCGACGUCACACCAAGGUGGAAGAAGACGAGCGCAUUUUUUCCUCCCUUUAUCAUCCAAGGAAAACACAUCGACAGACUGUGGCACACAGACGCCUCUACCUGCAGCCGGUGCGCACCGAAAAUUACUUCACCAAGUUCAUCAGUGCGUGAGUUCACAGCGCGCAGACAACGACCAUCCAGAAGCACCAAAAACACCCAGGGAGGCGGCAGUGCUCUUCUUCUUCUUCUUCUUCUUCUUCUUCUUCUUUAAUAUCAUUGUUCUAAUUAUCCCCCAAAGAGUAUUGAGACUCUGCGUGUCCUCCCAACCGGAGCUGUUUCUGUGCGCUGUUCCGCGGUCAGAGAGGACGUUUGGACUGUUCGGAGUCACGUCUCGUCCCUCAGAGCGUUUUGAAAGCAUGUAAUGUGCUGCGACAGAUGGAGCAGAACGACAAUGAAGAGGUUAACCACACCUUUGAAAGCGGACAUCUCUUCAGUAGCCUCUUGACCAACUUUCUUGCGCAUUAAGAUGCGCCCGACAGAAGAGGAUUUGGAUGAUGAACUUUUUGCGCUCUUGUUGACAGACAGUUUCCAGUGAGCUUCUGCUGAGUGUACCGCCAGGAAUCAAGGACCUCCUAUGUAUUUAAGAAAUAAUCCGACUCGGUGUUGUCUGAGCUCGUCAGUACUUUAAACUUAGCUGGGGAAUCUCCUGGAGGAUUCGCUGCGUUCAUCAUGACGGUUCGUCUAUCACGGAUCCAGCUGGCCCUGUUCUUUAUCUUACUCUGUCCGGUCAAUAUCAUCGGACUUUGGUGGGCGGUGGGCAGUCCGCUGGUGAUGGACCCCAACAGCAUAUGCAGGAAGGCAAAGCGUCUGGCGGGGAAGCAGGCUGAGCUGUGCCAGACUCAGCCAGAGAUUGUCAGUGAGGUGGCCAAAGGAGCCAGACUGGGAGUCAGGGAGUGCCAGUACCAGUUCAGGUACCGUCGGUGGAACUGUACUAGCCACAACAAGUACUUUGGCAAAAUACUGCAGCAAGAUAUCCGGGAGACUGCAUUUGUUUAUGCCAUCACGGCGGCUGGUGUGACCCACGCUGUGACCCAGGCCUGCAGCAUGGGAGACCUCCUGCAGUGUGGCUGUGAGGCGACCAGGAACAGAGCACCACCAAGGCCGCCUUCAUCCUCUUCCUCCUCUGGGGACGGAGUGAAAUGGGAAUGGGGGGGAUGCGGAGAUGAUGUGGAGUUUGGUUAUGAAAAGUCAAAACAGUUUAUGGAUGCCAAGAGGAGAAGGGGCAAGAGCGACAUCAGGACGCUCGUUGACCUGCACAACAACGAGGCUGGGCGGCUGGCGGUGAAGCUCUACAUGCGGACAGAAUGCAAGUGCCACGGACUGUCGGGCUCGUGCACAUUGCGCACGUGCUGGAAAAAGAUGCCUCAUUUCCGUGAGGUAGGCGUCCGGCUGCUGGAGCGCUUCAAUGGCGCUUCCAAGGUGAUGGGCGGCAAUGAUGGCAAGACCCUGAUCCCUGUUGGCCAGAACAUAAAGCCACCAGAUAAGCAGGAUCUGAUCUACUCUGAUGAGUCGCCCGAUUUCUGCCUUGCAAAUCGGAAAACUGGUUCACUUGGGACACGGGGGCGCAUAUGCAACAGCACAGCCAUGGACAUCAGCGGCUGCGACCUGCUGUGCUGCGAGCGUGGCUACCGUGAGGAAACACUGGUGUUUGAGGAGAACUGUCUGUGUCGUUUCCACUGGUGUUGUGUGGUCCAGUGCAAGAAAUGCUUGGUCCGAAAAGAGCUUAGUCUCUGUCACUGAUGUACUGAUGAACUGAGGAUGAGAGCUGUCAACAUGACUUGGUUCAUAUGACUCGAUUAUAAUUACUUCUGUUACUUUUUGAGGUUUUUGCUUUAGUUUAACUAGUGUGAGAGAAGGAUAGCAUUUGGACUGUCAUGAUUUUUAUUUUUGCACCGGUCACAGUCAGCCCCCAAAAUUGUAAUUACAAAUGGUAUUUGAUCCCAGCUCCGGCUGUUUGGUUCCCAGGAAUUUUGACAGAAUAAGAAAUGAGGGCCACAGGUUCAAAAAGUGCAGGAAGUGGAUGCAACCAUAUGGCAAGUGGGACUAAAAGAAGUAAAAUAGAAAGCAAAAUAGAGAAAUGUUUCUUUCUGAACUACCUAUUUUUCUUUUUCUUGUAUAUGAAAAAGGACCAAAGAAUGUGAAAAUUUUCCAUCUCAAUGAAAGAGGAGGACCUAUACACGGAGGACCUACAUGUGGCACAGUUUAUUAGUGUCACCUACACAAUCAGUUCAACAGCAGCUUAAAGUUGACUAUUAUCUAAAACCUAGGAUUUUCAGGCUUCAGCUUGUGCUGAUGCACUUGAUUUGGUUAUGGAACUUCCUUAAUUGACCGUUUGCUGAGCCCUGUCGCUCUUAAUUACUCCCUGUUGCUACCCCUGUCAAGAUUCUGAUUCUCACAUGAAACGUAUGCAGUUUACAAUAACGGGGGAAGAUUUAGCUAGCUAAUUGAGCAAAUGAGUUGGUUUGUCUCUGACUGACUUGUCUUAACAGCAACAGCUAGCUGCAGAAAUGCUCUUUAACUUUAGGAGUAACUCAGCAUUAGAUUAGGCCACUAUUGUAUGCUAAAUUUAGCCAGGCAUGCCAACGUUUGCAGCCUACAUUUGAGCAGGUAAACAAAGUUGUAUCUAUUCUUCUUCUUUCUUUAAUAUUCUACUCUUGCUGUUUUGGGUUUUGGAAAGGCAAAAAAAAAGUGAUUCAAACUCUUCAUAUACAGAGUAUCACUCCUACUACAACCCUAUGCAUACCAAUACAGCGUGUGGACAAACCAAAAGGUUGACAGAGCUAAAAAAAAGAAAGGAUUGCUGUUUGUGGGAGGGGUUUAGUGAACGGUCAAUUGUAUAAACUGGCUGCUAAUCUUCAAGGGCCCCACUGACUAUUAUGUACUAUAUGUUAUUCCAAACCCUUCAGAGACAGUGUUUUAUAUCUACAGUAUGCUGUAGCACCAUAGAAAGAUUAAAUAUCUCACUAUGGCCCCAGUUCCAGAGUACUUUAAUUUUACCCUGACAUAUGUGUUUAAAGAAUGACAGUGCAGCAAUAUUCUUGAUAAUGCAUUAACACAAAUCAGAAAAUCUCCAAAAUUUGUAUAAGUGUUGAUAUCAAUUUGCCUCUCAGUUACAGUAACUGUAGCCUAGCCGUUUAACAGGCACACCAAAUACAAAUAGAUUUUUUUUUCUGCUAUCGCAUCAAAAAUACAGAAAAAGGGAAAUGGUAUCACAUUAUCAUAUCUGAAGAAUACUGUCAACACCAUGUUUUGCUGGAGUGGACUUGGCCUGCCAGCAAAGACUGUUAUUUAUAUAAAGAUAAGAUGACAAGACUACUCACUUCCAUCUCUCUCAGAAGCACUUUGGAUACAAUGGCUGACAUGGAAUUCCUCAAUAGCUUGACAAGAAAACCUUUUGGGGUUGUCUGUUUCUAUUAAACCAAAAGAGAACCUUACAUGACAUUGUUUGAUAUCAAGAAAAUGUAUAUAAUGUAUUUUUGUUUAUCUGUUCUGAUAUACAGGGCUAAUGUAAUAAUGCACUUUGGAUGUUAGCUUUCAUUUGAUACUGUAUGUGCAUAUGUGUGUGUGUGUGUGUGCAAGUGCAUGAGAGAAAGUGUUGUGUAUGUGUUUGUGCAGGUUGGCCAGUUAUCACCGUAUCCUUCAGUUGAUAGUACCUUUUAUAUAUCUUUAAGUUGCUGUCUGACGUUAUGUUGGUUAUUAAAAGCACACUGCUCCUUGACUUUCUGUCUCUGUGUGAGGCAGACAAGAUCUUUUAUUUGUUGUUCGCCUUCAGAGGAAGUAUGUUUCCCAUAAACCAUAAAUCAUGUCCUCUCAUUUACACUUAAGUUUUAUUACCAGACAAUGUACAGUAUGUAUACUGAACUGUAAUUCUACAUUGUUUCCACUUGUUCUCUUAGGGCUGUUUGUCUUGCGUGAGUGUUCAGAUAGGAUCUUAUCUUACCCUUAAAGAUUCAGAAUCAUCUCAUUUUGAUCAUACAGUUGGAGGUGUUUCAGGAAGAUAUCAUGAUUCAGAUCUGGCUGUUCCCAAAGUCACAUAGUUACUUUCAGUGUCUACUGUAUUAAAGUUUUUUGCAGGGGCAAAAUUAAAUGACCACCUUAUUAUUAUUAUUAACAUUUUUUAGGAUGGCUGUAAUGUGGGCAAUAUCUCCUAAGCCCUUUAAAAUGUGUAAGUAAAGUGAGUCAUUCAAUAGACACUGGUAUACAGGUAAAUAAGAAUUUUGAGUAACACGUUGGCAGUGAUCUUUACAUUUAGUAUACUAUAGUAACUUUGUUUUUGAAAUAUUCAUAUAAAGCAUUUUGGAAGUUAUCUCAGGUCUAGACCGUACCGUACCGUACCCAACAGUUCCAACCAUGAGCAAGCGCUUGGCGACAGCGGCAAGGAAAAACUUCCUUCUCAUUCACCUAUUUAAAGACAAAAGCCUAAAUCCUUUUGUAUGGACAAGGCCCCAAAGUUUCAGAUUUUGCCGUUUGCAUCAUUUCAGUGGCACAGUGACCCAGUACAACAUAUUGCGUUAUUAGCCUGAUUCCUAUUGCAGCAAUCAAGCAACUAAGAGUAAUUCUAACAGAUAUUAGAAUAAGAUCAACAAACACAGUGUUUAUGAAAGGGCUAUAUCUUAUCACAACAAUAAGUCUAUGUACAUGGUAAUCAUGAUGACAUGCAUUUAGGUUAGUUGUAACUUUGUGUUAAUAUAGGGCCUCGUGAUGGUGGCAUUUAUAGAAAUAAUAGAACUGCAGAAGUCACAUGAAGUUUGCAUAAUUAUUUUUCAGGGCUGACAUUACAUUUUAUAAUACAAUAACUUCUGUAACUCUACAACACAAGAAUGACUCAAGACAGAGUCACAUUAACAGUGGUUUCUGAUUUUGUGUACUUCUUUUUCUGAUGUGUUGAGUCAGGCAAAACUGAGACCAUUUUGAUUUCUGCACAUGUUAAAUUAAGCACAUUCCAAGGCAAGUACUUCAUAUUUUGGUGGAAAAUAGAAUGUAGUAGUAAAAGAGAAAUAUUUUUUACCAAAAUGGAAAUAAUACAAUACUGACUGUUAAAAACAUUUUAGUGACAGCUGCAUAAUGCAACUCGUCCUUGGCCAACUAUUGUGUUUGUGUCAAACAACUUACCUGUCAAUAGGGUACUCGUUCAUUGAUUUGUCAUCUAUUUAAAUACAUUUUGUCAUGUUUGCUUCACAUUUUGUUAUGCUGUUAAUUUUUGUAUUCUUCAGAAAAUAUUUCAUAUCUGGAUGUUACUUUGCAUUUUCCUUUAGCAUAAAACUACCGUUUGUGACUCACAUU